UAAAAGCGUGGACCUGUGAAAAGCAAAAAGAAACAGGAUCAGGAUCCGGCAACCUUAUUAAAAAGUUACAAAUGUCAAAUUGAAGAAGUCAUCACUUCAUUUCAAAUGUCACAAAUGUGAAGUUUCUCUACAAUAUUCAAAUUGAUAAUGAUAAUAUAAUAGCACUGAAUAUUUUGUCGUUAACAGAGAUUCGAUGUCUACUUCAUGUAUAUUUUUUCCAUUUAUUAAUUAUAAAUCCUGAAAACGACUAUGUUUGUGAGAAGUUUUUCAUUCAAGUAACAGGUUACCGCAAACACUAGUAAUAAAGCAACCAAAAGUACCAAAACAUUUGCAGUACCUAUAUUACGUUAAAAUGCGCGGUGUGAUAUCGUCGUAUUUUUUAAAAACUUUUAUCGCUUGCAGUCAGUGUGACGGUGAUGGCGAUGCAGACGUGCAGUGGCCACGGCGGGUAGUAACGGGGCUACAGCCCACUGGAGAAUUACACAUCGGCAAUUACUUCGGUGCGAUCCGGCGCUGCGUGCGCCUGCAGGAGCAAGGCGAUGACCUUAUGAUAUUCAUAGCAGACUUACACUCGCUUACCACACGCCAGGAGCCGUCGCUGCUGCAGGCGCGCGUGCUGGAGCUGGCGGCGUGCGUGCUGGCGGCGGGGCUGGACCCGGCGCGCGCCGUGCUGUUCGUGCAGUCGGCCGUGCCGCGCCACGCCGAGCUGUGCUGGCUGCUCACGUGCCUGGCCACGCACGCGCGCCUGGCGCACCUGCCGCAGUACAAGGAGAAGGCCGCCACCAUGAAGGAGGUGCCGCUCGGUCUGCUGCUCUAUCCCGUGUUGCAGGCGGCGGACGUGUUGCUGUACGGCGGCACGCACGUGCCGGUGGGCGCGGACCAGCUGCAGCACCUGCAGGUGGCGGGCGCGCUGGCGCGGACCUUCGCGCACCGCUACGGCCGCGCCUUCCCCGCGCCGCGCGCGCUGCUCGCCGAUGACGGCAGCGAUCGCUUGCGGAGUCUCAGAGACCCGAAUAAGAAGAUGUCGAAGUCCGACACGGAUCCCAAGUCGCGCAUUCUUCUGACCGACCCUGAUGAUAUUAUCGAGCUUAAAAUAAGAAAAGCAGUCACUGACUUCACACCGCAGGUGACUUUCGACCCGGAGACGAGGCCGGGCGUGUCCAAUUUGGUAUCCAUCCACUGCCUGGCCGAGGACAAACUGCCCGAGGAGGUGGUGCAGGAGGCCGAGGGACUCACCACCGCGCAGUACAAGCGCGUCGUGGCCGCCGCCCUGCAGCGCGCGCUGGCGCCCGUGCGCGCGCGGGCCGCCGAGCUGCGCGCGCGACCCAACUACCUGCGCGACGUGCUGCGCCACGGAGCCGCGCGCGCCCGCGUGCGCGCCGACGCCGUGUACGAGCGCGCCGCGGCGCUGGCCGGCCUGCGCUAGCUGCUGUAGCGGUGCGGCGGGCCGCGCUAGCUACAGUAGCUGCGGGCGGGCCGCGCUAGGCGUCAGCUACAGCAGCGGCGGCGGCAGCGCGCGGUCGCGCAGCAGGGCGAGCAGGUCGCGCAGCAGGUCGACGGCCUGCGCCACGGCCUCGGCCUGCUUCUCCGCGGCCAGCGCGCUGCGCAUGGCGGCCUCGGCCAGCAGUUCCUCGGUGGCGAGGCGCGCGCCGGGCGCGGACGAGUCGCUGGCGUCGUCGUCCAGCGCGGGCUUGCGCUCGUCGUCCGACUGGCUGGCGCGCCGCCCGCCGCCCGCCGCUGUACAUCGCGCCAGUUAGUGAGCGUCCGGACUAUACGUGUACUUGUUGAUCAUAUAAUUAGAAUGACUUAUUUCAUUGUUAGCGAGAUAGAUAAAAAUGUUUCAAUGUUAA